CGGGGUGGACAAAGACGACCCUGGACCAUUCUGUCAGGUUCCAAAGAUGAAGAACGUUGUACUCCUGUCCCAGAGUAAACACGGCUCCUUUUGCGUCCUUGGUCUUCAGAGGACUCACGACCCUCACGAAGUCGAAGAAAGACUGCUGCCUCUAGCAUCGUCGUCUCACUCACCAGAGUCACCACCACCACCUUCUCUCGGUCAGACCAGUUUGGAAGUUUUCCCUCGACUGGCACAUGCUGCUUCCCAGGUAACUUCAAGAAAGAAGAAGAAGACGAAGAAGGAGAAGAAGGAGAAGAAGGAGAACAAGAAGACGAAGAAGGAGAAGAAGGAGAAGAAGGAGAACAAGAAGACGAAGAAGGAGAAGAAGGAGAAGAAGGAGAACAAGAAGACGAAGAAGGAGAAGAAGGAGAAGAAGGAGAACAAGAAGACGAAGAAGGAGAAGAAGAAGACGGCGACGAAGAAGAAGGAGGAGGAGGAGGAGGAGGAGGGAGAGAAGGAGGAGGAGGAGGAGGAAGGGGAAGCGACUGACCACCGGCCGGCGAGGGGAUAGAAUCAGAUAAAGGAUAUGGAGCCGU